UUCUUUUUCUCCUCUUGUGUUCCGGCGGCGGCGGCGAUGGCGGCCAGGAUGCGCGCGCGGACGCGGUGGUCGGCGCUGGCGGCGAGCGCGCUGAUCCAGUGCUUCGCGGGCGGCAGCUACUGCUUCGGCGUCUACUCGCCGGCGCUCAAGGCGUCGCAGGGGUACGACCAGUCGGCGCUCGACGCCGUCGCCUUCUUCAAGGACGUCGGCGCCAACGUCGGGGUCCUCUCCGGCCUCCUCGCCGCGUGGGCGCCCGCGGGCGGCCGCCGGCGCCCCUGGAUCGUCCUCCUCACCGGCGCCGCGCUCUGCGCCGCAGGGUACCUCCCGAUGUGGCUCGCCGUCGCCGGGGUCGCGCCCGCCCCGCUCCCGCUCGUCUGCCUCUACAUGCUGCUCGCCGCCCAGGCGCAGACCUUCCUGAACACGGCCGACGUCGUCACCGCCGUCGAGAACUUCCCCGACCGCCGCGGCACCGUCAUCGGCAUCAUGAAGGGGUUUCUAGGCUUGAGCGGAGCGAUACUGGUCCAAGUACAGCGCACCCUCCUUAUCGAUCCUGGCAAUUUCAUACUUAUGCUGGCAAUAUUACCCACGGCCAUCGCGUUGCUGCUCAUGUACUUUGUCGACGUCCACAGCGCUCAUCAGCGGUACAACAAGAAGUUCCUCGAUGCUUUCUCUCUCAUGGCCGUUACCGUCGCUGUGUACCUGAUGGUUGUCAUAAUCUGCGACCAAGUUUUCAUGAUAAGUUCAGCCGGGCAGAGCGUCUGCUUCGCGAUACUCCUGCUGCUGAUCAUGUCUCCAGCGGCUAUUGUUGUAAUGGCUCAAAAGACGGAAUCGAAGCAGCGAGAGGAACCAACAUUGGAUGAAAGGACGGGACUACUUCGUGGGGAGACCGCGCAACAGGAUUCUGAAGACGGCAGCUCUAGCGCUGCACUUGUGGGAUCUGGUCAGGACAUGCCGUCAGACAAAGAAAACCUGAACGUGGUGCAGGCCAUGUGCAAACUCGACUUCUGGCUGCUCUUCCUCGCGAUGGCCUGCGGGAUGGGAUCGGGGCUGGCCACGGUGAACAACAUCAGCCAGAUCGGGGGCUCCCUUGGCUACACCAGCAGGGAGACCAGCACUCUGGUGUCGCUAUGGAGCAUCUGGAACUUCUCAGGGAGGUUCGGCGCAGGAUACGUCUCCGAUCACUUCCUCCGGUCGCGAGGAGUCGGCAGGCCUUUCUUCAUAGCAGCGACGCUCCUUGUCAUGGGCGUAGGCCACGCCAUCAUCUCCUCCGGCUUCCAUGCGUCGCUCUACGUCGGCUCGGUCCUCGUCGGCCUGUGCUACGGGUCUCAGUGGGCUUUGAUGCCGAGCAUAACGUCAGAGAUCUUCGGGCUGAACCACUUCGGCACCAUCUUCAACACGGUGGCCGUCGCGAGCCCCGUUGGCUCUUACGUCCUCUCGGUGCGCGUGGUCGGGUUCAUCUAUGACAAGGAGUCGCCGCAAGGUGAGCUUGCCUGCGCGGGUAAGCACUGCUUCGCACUCUCCUUCAUGAUCAUGGCAUGUGUCUGCCUCUUGGGGUCUGCCGUAGCGUUUGUAUUGUUCAUCAGAACGAGGAAGUUUUAUAGGCGGGUUAUAUACGCCAGGCUGCUCUCUUUUGUAGAUAAAUAAAAUGAGGAAAUGUAUAUAUGCAAACGAUGCUCAGUUUUCCUAGCAAUUGGUACUGUAGCAUUCUCUUUAUACAGUAACAAUACAAUGGUCACUUCCUGUGUGAAUAAGCAAAUGAGAAAAGAGACCAAUAUUAUUUAA